UGCCCGGCAUAGUGCCCGGCAUAGUGCCCGGCAUAGUGCCCGGCAUAGUGCCCGGCAUAGUGCCCGGCAUAGUGCCCGGCAUAGUGCCCGGCAUAGUGCCCGGCAUAGUGCCCGGCAUAGUGCCCGGCAUAGUGCCCGGCAUAGUGCCCGGCAUAGUGCCCGGCAUAGUGCCCGGCAUAGUGCCCGGCAUAGUGCCCGGCAUAGUGCCCGGCAUAGUGCCCGGCAUAGUGCCCGGCAUAGUGCCCGGCAUAGUGCCCGGCAUAGUGCCCGGCAUAGUGCCCGGCAUAGUGCCCGGCAUAGUGCCCGGCAUAGUGCCCGGCAUAGUGCCCGGCAUAGUGCCCGGCAUAGUGCCCGGCAUAGUGCCCGGCAUAGUGCCCGGCAUAGUGCCCGGCAUAGUGCCCGGCAUAGUGCCCGGCAUAGUGCCCGGCAUAGUGCCCGGCAUAGUGCCCGGCAUAGUGCCCGGCAUAGUGCCCGGCAUAGUGCCCGGCAUAGUGCCCGGCAUAGUGCCCGGCAUAGUGCCCGGCAUAGUGCCCGGCAUAGUGCCCGGCAUAGUGCCCGGCAUAGUGCCCGGCAUAGUGCCCGGCAUAGUGCCCGGCAUAGUGCCCGGCAUAGUGCCCGGCAUAGUGCCCGGCAUAGUGCCCGGCAUAGUGCCCGGCAUAGUGCCCGGCAUAGUGCCCGGCAUAGUGCCCGGCAUAGUGCCCGGCAUAGUGCCCGGCAUAGUGCCCGGCAUAGUGCCCGGCAUAGUGCCCGGCAUAGUGAGACUGCCCGGCAUAGUGCCCGGCAUAGUGCCCGGCAUAGUGCCCGGCAUAGUGCCCGGCAUAGUGCCCGGCAUAGUGCCCGGCAUAGUGCCCGGCAUAGUGCCCGGCAUAGUGCCCGGCAUAGUGCCCGGCAUAGUGCCCGGCAUAGUGCCCGGCAUAGUGCCCGGCAUAGUGCCCGGCAUAGUGCCCGGCAUAGUGCCCGGCAUAGUGCCCGGCAUAGUGCCCGGCAUAGUGCCCGGCAUAGUGCCCGGCAUAGUGCCCGGCAUAGUGCCCGGCAUAGUGCCCGGCAUAGUGCCCGGCAUAGUGCCCGGCAUAGUGCCCGGCAUAGUGCCCGGCAUAGUGCCCGGCAUAGUGCCCGGCAUAGUGCCCGGCAUAGUGCCCGGCAUAGUGCCCGGCAUAGUGCCCGGCAUAGUGCCCGGCAUAGUGCCCGGCAUAGUGCCCGGCAUAGUGCCCGGCAUAGUGCCCGGCAUAGUGCCCGGCAUAGUGCCCGGCAUAGUGCCCGGCAUAGUGCCCGGCAUAGUGCCCGGCAUAGUGCCCGGCAUAGUGCCCGGCAUAGUGCCCGGCAUAGUGCCCGGCAUAGUGCCCGGCAUAGUGCCCGGCAUAGUGCCCGGCAUAGUGCCCGGCAUAGUGAGACCUCUCAUCCCCGAGAUGCUGGCUGCUCUGGACCGCCAACUGGAGGCAGAGUGGGCACAGCAGCAGCCUCCAGCAAUAAUAUGCAAUCCAGAUCAGGAAGAACGAAAGCGCAUUUUAUUUUCAUAA